GACGUAUGCGGCCUCCAGUUACAGUCGCCAUCUUCUCGUCGUGGAUAGCAGACCCGAGAACAGCGACAGGCGGCAGCCGAAAUAAAUACACCACGAGCCGGCGUUAUUUUUCCACCGAGUCACGGCCGAAUCAGUUCGCUAAAUGAGUUGAUGGACUGCCUGCUGAUCAAUGGUUGUGGUAUCGAUAGGGCUGGUGUAGGUUUCCCCUCGUCGCUCGGCUCAAAGAUGGAAGACGCCUGCAGAGAGUACCAGUCCUCCCUGGAAGACCUGACGUACAACAGCAAGCCGCACAUCAACAUGCUGACCAUCCUGGCCGAGGAAAACCUCGACUUCGCCAAGGAUAUCGUCGCAAUUAUUGAAGCACAAAUCAGCAAGGCCCCAUCUGCCGAGAAGCUUCCAGUUUUGUACUUAGUGGAUUCCAUAGUGAAGAAUGUUGGAGGAGAGUACCUUGCAGUGUUUGCUAAAAACCUAAUCACUUCAUUUUUAUGUGUCUUUGAAAAGGUGGACGAAAACACUAGAAAGAGUCUGUUCAAGUUAAGGUCGACGUGGGACGAAGUGUUCCCUCUGAAGAAGCUGUACGCGCUGGACGUGCGCGUCAACGCCGUGGACUCGGCCUGGCCCAUCAAGCCGCUGCCGCCCACCGUCAACGCCAGCAUUCACGUCAACCCCAAGUUUUUAAAACAGUCUGAGUCCGAGGCGCCCUCCCCGCGGCCCGCCUCCACCCCGGCGCCGGCGCCCACUCCCCCGCCGGCCCCCACCACCGCCGCCACCACCGUCAGUCAGUCCAGCCUGACGCAGGAGCAGCUGAUCCGCCAGCAGCUGCUGGCCAAACAGAAGCAGCUUCUGGAGCUCCAGCAGAAGAAGAUCGAGCUGGAACUGGAGCAGACCAAAGCACAGCUGGCCGGCGGCUUCACGCUACCGACACCGACCUCAGUCUCCUCUCCGACGGCAACGACAACGGCGGCGAAACCCACCACCCAAACCGCUCCCGUGGUCCGACCCUGGAUCCCUCCUCAGACUCAGACCGACACCAAGCCGUCCACGAGAGACCCGCGUCUGAACCGCUCCGGCCCCCCGGCUCCUCCCCAGCCCAAAGAACAGCCUGCUGGGAAAAAAGAUAGCAACGCCACAACAGGAAGUCCCGUGCCGACACCUGAGAAACGGCUGCCGGAGAAACCGGUCCGGCCCGACAAGGCCAGGAUGCCGAGGAAGGAAGCGUUAGAGGAGAAGCCCAAGUCCAAGUCUCCGUCUCCGAUGCCGAAAAGCCUCCAGAGUAAAAACAAGCACGCAGAGGCGGAGGGCCAGAAGUCAGCCGACAGCACAAAGAAAGACCCGCGGCUGAGGAAACGCCCGCAGGACAAGACCGGAGACGCCAAAGACGACGAGCUGAAGGAGAAGAAACGAUGCAACGACAAGAAGGAGAGAGAGGAGGCGGCGCGGGCCGCCGACCCGCCGCGCUCCAACAAACUGAAGCUGCUGAACGGCUCGCUGACCAAACACGACCGCGAGGAGUCCGUGGAGAAGCUCGAGUUCAAGACCGGCGGCAACGCCCGGACGCACGCCAGGAAACGCACGCGCUCACGGUCCAGGUCGCGCUCACCCACCACCUCCCCGAAGAGGAAAGACAGGAGGUCGCCCAAGAGCAGAGCGAGGAGCAGCUCCUUGUCCCCGUCGCCGUCUCACAAACCCGGCAAACCCAGGAGGGUCCGAGCCGACGAGCCGCAGCACGGGAAGCCCGGCCGAGAGGACCGGCUCACUCCCAAGAAGAACCAAUCGGAGAGCAGGAGAUCAAAGAGGCCGGCGGAGGACCGGCACUCCGAGUCCAGAGACUCGCACUCGCCACGCAGCCACGACGGCAGCGGCAAGGAGACCAAAGAUGCUCCUCACCGCUGGAGGAGCGGCUGGGAGGAGAACAAACAUCUCAAGCUGUCGGAGGAUUCUCACGUGAAACCCGGACCUCAGAGACACAAACCGUACGGCACCCCGACGCGCCCCACCACCCCCCGAACCCCGAAACACCGCCUCAGCGUGGACGCCAACCUGCAGAUACCCGACGUCCUCAACUCCGCCUCCAAGAAGGACCUGCUCAGGAGGGCCAGUAAGCGUUUGGAGAGCGGCGAGAUUUCCCAGGAGGACUUCCUGAACAUGGCCCACCAGAUCAAACAUUUCUUCCAGUAUCAGGAGGAGAAGCAGCAGCGCUCCGAGAGCUGGGACGACUCCGACGACUUCCCCGCCAAGAAACCGCCGCUGCUGGCCACGCCCCGCGAUGGCAUGGGCGAGGCGGCGCUGACGUACUACGAGCACAAGUCCAAGCUGAGGAAGACGCAGGUCACCCACCGAGCUGCCGGGGAGGAGUGGGAGGGCGAGGAAAGUCCGGAGGAAGGCGAAGAAGUGGCGCAGGGCGAGAAGGCGGGCGCUGGCCGCAGCACGGGACACCUGCCGUCACAUAAAUACAACCGGGCGCCACGGGACAGACAAGGUGAGAGGCGGAGUAAAGAGCGUGAAGAGCCGCGGCCUCCGCUCGGCCCCAUGAUCGAGGAGUACAACCACGGGAAAGAGUUCCCCACACUAAAAUCUCUGCCGGGCCUUCGCUUCAGGAGGAGAGCCGACCCCCGAGAGUCGAAGAGGUCAGAGGUCAGGUUCUGGAGCUGCGGGGUGUCAGGGUCUCGAUCAGUGACACUUCAGCAGGGUGAGAGAGAGUGGAACUCGCCGCUGACGGAGCGCCAGCGCGAGGAGCAGAAGAGCGGCUACGACGCUCCGCGGAGGUACGCCGAGUCCAGACACCCCAACCCCCGCAGACCAGAGGGGCCCCCUCCCUCCGGCACCGUGGUCCACAGGAAGUGUCCGAGCCCGGCCGGUCUGGACGCGCCGGUCCCGAGGUUUGAGCGUGAGCGCCUGUCGCCGCUCCACCAGAAAGACUCUGCAGACAGUCCCGUCCCGCGCUUCGAGAGCCCCAACAGCGAGCACUCAGACGACGGACCGCUCAAUCUGGACGCCGCCCCCCCUCCUCACCCUCACCCCGCCCCUCCCCCCAAAUCCAUCCUCAAGGCGCCGGCCCGCGGAGGUCCGCUGCCUAACGUCCGCCAGCACAGCGACUCUCCAGGACACACUCCUCCUCACGACGGAGGCCACCCCCCGACCCGCUAUGACGGGCCCGCACACAUGGGCCCGUCUAGACCGCAUCCUCCGGGCCGGUACGAAGGCGGCGGCCCCGGGCGCUACGACGACCCGUCCAGGUUCGAGGGGCCUCACAAUCAGGGUCCCGGCAGGUUCGACGGCGGCGGACCGCCUCAUCACAACAUACCCGAGAGGUUCGACGGACACAUGUCACAUGGUCCAAUGAGGGGCGGAGACGGUAUGGGCCGGUUUGACGGCCCGCCUCACCCUCAGGCACCCGUAAGGUUUCAGGGUCAGGGGCCCGGACCGGGGCACUUUGAGGGCCCGAUGCAGCGCUUUGACGCACCGCCGCACUUUGACAACAUGGCUCCUGGUCCUGGAUCUGGGCCGAUGGGCUUCCAGCAGCAGCGGCCGAUUCGCUUCGAAAACCCUCCGAACCAGAUGGGCCCGAUGCGGUUUGAGGGCCCCGGUCCGAUGCGGUUUGAGGGCCCCAGGUUUGACAUGCCGGGCGGGCCCCAUCAGGGAGGACCCCCACGCUACGACUGCCCCCCCGGCCAGCAGGGCCCCCCCAGGUUUGCUCCUCAACACAACCUGCAGCCCCCCAUGAGGCCGAUGGCCCCGCCCAUCUACGACAACCCCAUCCCCCCCCAGCAGAACUACAACAUGGCCCCCCAGCGUUUCCCGGAGCCCAUGAACCCUCAGUUCCCCGCGGGGCCGAUGGCGUUCCCGGUGCAGCCGAACCUGCAGCCGGCAGGAAACUUCAACAUGCAGCCGGCGCCGUUCAACCAGCCGGCCGCCGCCCCCUUUUACAACCCCGCAGCCCCCGCCGUCAGCAUGCAGCAGCCGGUGAACAUGAUGCCGAACCUCAACACGCCCUUCCUGCCUCAGAACGCCGUGCCUUUCAGACAGCAGACUCCGCAGGUCGCCCCCCCGGAGAACCACUUCGGUCAGGUCGACGUCAACGACCUGCUGUCCAAACUCAUCUCCAACGGCAUCAUCAAACCCUCGCAGCCUGACGCCGCGCCGGCCGCCGGCAACGAAGCUUCGCCGCCUCCCGCAGCUCCUCCUGCGGUGGAGGAGGAGGAAGAGGAGGAGCAGGAGAUGGAGGAGGAGGAAAACAUCCCGGACCUCACCAGCUUCACCAUCGACGACAUGAAACAGCGUUACGAGAGCGUGGUGACGAAGCUGUACUCGGGGAACCAGUGCUGCUUGUGCAGUAUGAGGUUCACCGCCGCUCAGACCGACAUGUACGCCGACCACCUGGACUGGCACUUCAGACAGAACCACGCCGGCAAGGUCGCCAGCAAGAAGGUCACGCACCGCCGCUGGUACUACACCCUGACGGACUGGAUCGAGUUCGAGGAGAUCGCUGACCUGGAGGAGCGGGCGAAGAGUCAGUUCUUCGAGAAGGAGAACGAGGAGGAAGUUCAGAAGAAUCAGGCGGCGGCGAAGGAGAAAGAGUUCCAGAUCGUAAAAGCCACCAAAGACCAAGUGGGCGAGUCGUGUGAAAUCUGUCAGGAGCCGUUUGAGACGUACUGGGUGGAGGAAGAGGAGGACUGGUUCCUGAAGGACGCCGUCCGGGUCGACGACAAGAACUUCCAUCCUUCCUGUUUUGAAGAUUAUAAAAACACGUCGUCGUAUCUCGACGUCACGCCGUCGCCCAACAAGCUGCUGACUGACCACCCGCUGAGCUCCUUCAUCAAGACUGAAGAAGAAGAAGAAGAAGAGACUUCCUGUGACGUCGCUGCUGCCGCCGCAGCCGCCGCCGCCGCAGCCGCCUCCUCAGUCAAACAGGAAGUGGAGUGUGAGGCCGGCGAGCUUCCUGUGGUGAAGAAAGAGGAGGAGCCGGAGGUUUUAACAGAGCUGCAGUCGGAGGGAAACGCGGCGCCGUGAACUCGCUGCUUCACUUUUUCUGUUUUUUUUUUUUUUUGAAGGAAAAAGUCACUUUUUUUUGUUUUUAGCGUGCGGGGGCGGAGCCUCGGCAUCGUACACUUGAAUACAUUUUUGUAUUUGGAUUCUGAACGACCAUUUCAAGGUCUCCUGCUUUUUUGUGAACUGAAUGAAAAACUGAAAUUGUUUAUUGCAGAAAAAAACAAAUGUUUUGUUUUUUGGGGUAAAAAAAAAAAAAAAACAACAAACUGUAAAUGAUUUAAUUUAUAAAUUAAAGUAUUUUUUGUAUCUCUGGUGUAACAGUGAUUGAAUCCAACAGCUGCUGUUUGCCGCCUGUUACAGUCUGUACAUAGUUGAAUCUGAACGAUGUGAUGACGGGUAGUCGCAGGUAAGCAUCAUCUGAUUGGACGACUGAAGACCGGCCCCGCCGUCGCUCUUCAGGAAGCGUUUCUACGGAGGAUCGAAGACGCCUCUCGUUUGUUUUUUCUUUUCUUUGGUUCUCGAGUUUCCAAUAAAAAGAGUCUGAAACUUUGUUGUUUGUGUGAACGGUGAUUGUUGUCGGUCUGAAGACUCCGUUUUAUUGUUCAUUUAGGUUCCAAAUCUUUAAAUAAAGGUUCAGUGGGUUUAAA